GCCUCCUCCUCCUCCACCGAUUAAUCUUCGCUUGCUGCCGCAGUGGCUGUAAUCCGCUGUAGAAAAGUAAGGGUAAUGAGUUGUGAGUUGCCUCAAAGCUAGCGUGAUUGAAACCUUCAACUGAAGUUCAUGUCAGUUGAUUGAUAAAUAUAGACAUCACGAGGCUAAUAGGCCGUAAUCAUGGAAUCACGCAACUCCAAAAUGACCUGUCUCAGCUGUUUUGAUGUGGUCAAAACGGUUGCAUUUGCCUGUUGCAAGUCGUAUGCGAAUGUGCAUUUGACGCUGGAGAUUGACAUCGAUGUGGCUGCCACUCCUACUGUUUUGUCUCCUUGUGGUGGUCGCUCUGCUAAUUGCCAAAUGGCAGGGCAACCACUGGCGACGGUUGGGCCUAGAGGGACCCUUUGGCUGGCCAUUUGUGGGCAAUAUGUUGGACUUUGCUUUGGGAAGGUGGUCUUACGGUGAAGUCUAUGAGGAGAUCUACAGACUCAAUCCCGACCUGAAAUAUGUGGCUUUCUAUCGCUUGUUCAACGAACCCGCCAUUCUGGUACGUGACCAGGAGUUACUGCGUCAGAUCUUGGUGGGCAGCAACUUCACCGACUGUGCUGAUAAUGCUCUUCAUGUGGACCAACAUCGUGAUGUCCUGGCUAGCCAUAAUCCCUUCAUCGCCACUGGUGACCGCUGGCGCAUUUUGAGAGGCGACCUUGUCCCCCUCUUCACGCCAAGUCGUGUCCGUCAGACCUUGCCACAUUUGGCACGAGCUUGCCAGUUGCUUAGGGAACAAGUGCCGCAGGAACGGUUUGAAGCCAAGGAGUUGGCCACUCGCUAUACCCUUCAGGUGGUUGCCUCCGUGGUCUUUGGCCUGGAUGCCCAUUGCCUGAGCAGCCGGAAAGUGGGUGAGACUCCAAGUCGCUGGCUUGAAUGGCUGGCUCCACUUUUCCAGCCCAGUUCUUGGAGUUUGCUGGAGACCAUUGCAUUGCUGCACUCACCUCGUUUGGCUUGGAUCAUAGGCCACAGAUAUGUUCCCCUUCCUCUGCAGCAUUGGUUCAGGGAUUUGGUGGAAGCCAGAAGUGGCGCAGACAAUCUCCUGCAAUGGCUGGCGGAUAGCAAAAGGACUUUGACAAAGGAUGAGCUAACUGGUCAUGCCACCACUCUUCUUCUGGAGGGCUAUGAAACCUCAGCCAUGCUACUAGCAUUUGUUCUUUACGAAUUGGCCAUUAACGAGGAUAAACAGCGACGUCUUCACAUGGAACUGGAUGAGGUGGCUCAGCGUCAUGAUGGCUCGUUACUAAAUCAAGCUGCUCUGGCUGAACUUCGCUAUACUGAAGCUGCACUGCUUGAGGCACUGCGUCUGCAUCCAGCCAUGCAGGCUCUCCAGAAGCUCUGCACGAAAUCCUUUACUCUGCCAUCUCAGAAAUCUGGAACUGGUCAGGAAUUCAAAGUGGAUUUGGGCACUGUUCUGGUUCUGCCUGUUCAGGCUAUUCAUCUUGAUCCUGACUUGUAUCCCGAACCUAAUCAGUUUCGUCCAGAACGCUUUUUCAAUCAGCCACCUUUGGGCUGCAGAUUUUUGGGUUUCGGCGCUGGUCCCAGAAUGUGUCCAGGAAUGCGACUUGGCUUGCUUCAGACGAAGGCUGCUUUGGCUACACUCCUGCAGGAUCACAGCGUCUUGCUAGCGGAUAGGGAUCGCAUGGAGGUGGAGGUAUCUCCUUGUACUUUCCUGACUGCCAGCAAAAAGGGUAUCUGGCUGAGGUUGAUGAAAAGGGUAACUUAAUAGGAAAGAGGUUUUGAACUUCGAUUUAUCAAGGAAUCUAUCAAGUUUGGACUUUAUGAAGAAAAGGUUUAAUAUUUAAGGAAUAUUACCUUAAAGUUAAUUAAAAAAGUAAUAAGAACCAAA